UUAUCAUAUCUCCGCCCCUUAGUCCUCUUCUCCCAUGAGGGCGGCUCUUUAUAUUACCCCCAAACUCCUCCUGACUGGCGCCUUUUUUCCCCUUUAUCUGUAGGAGAGGAGACGCACAUGCUACUUGGACCACGUUGGAAUAAACCGCUUACUCUGCUGGUGUGAGAAGUAAACAUGAGCGACAAAGGGACAGUGUCGUCUAAGGAGGAGUCGACCGAGAAGAGGGGUCGUGGAAGACCCCGCAAGCUUCCUCAGGAGCCCAGCGGAUCCCCAACUGCAAAGAGGCCGAGAGGACGGCCUAAGGGCAGCAAAAACAAGGCCGCCACCAAGGCCAAAGCAAAGGCAGAACCUGCUCCUGGUGCAAAACGCAGAGGAAGACCCAAGAAGGAGGACAAGGAAGAGAAGCCUUCACAGGAGUCCUCUGAGCAGGAGGAGGAGGAAGAAGAGGAGGAGGAAGAAGAGGACCAGUAAUAUACAGCGCAUGCUACCUCACUCAACAUUUACUGACUUACUGUUAACCAUAACUGGACUGUAUUUCCAACAGCAGUGCCACUUUCAUGACCACUGAGGGCCCGAACAAGGGCCAACAAAGUACAAUUCUCAUGCAACAGCACUGGAUAGAACGCUGGACCUUGCACAAACGCAGGUCUAAGUAUCACAUGACAGACGACAGCCCUUUUCUCUUUAUCUUGAUAUCACAAGUCUUUUAUACAGGAGAAGGUGGGCUUUUAGGGGGCUAGUGUAUUUUCUUUUUUCCACUUAAAUAUGCUUUGUAGUCUUUUUUUUUUCCCCCCCUCUUUACUCAAUGUUACUUAUUGAUUAUGCUGUACCUGCGUCUGAGAUGGUAGGGCCUGUAGAGUUUGUUUUGUACUGGACAAAGGUGACUUUUACCAAUACUCGUGUUUGUGUGAUGUGGUUUAACCUAUCCUUUCCUAGAUGGAGUUGAUUUUCUGUGUUAAGGAUGAAAAUAGAUCACUGGUGGUAUACAGCAUAUACGCCCUUUCCUCUCCCCUGUGUUACCACUCACUCGUAGAAUGUCCUUUCAUGUAGGACAUUUAAGGUUUUAGCUUCUCAAACGGCCUCGUAGCGGGGGAGACAACUAGUGUUUAUUGUUGUUGGAUUUUUUUUUGUGUGUUACUUUCUAGUUCGAUACCAUUUAAAACCAUGUGCUGCUUCUUAUCAAAUGUUGUCAGUUGAAACUUCCGGGUUGAGAGCAUAGUGUCGGUUUUUCAGGGAGCUUUACGGACAUUUUUCCUGUACACUCGCCCAGCUAACUCAAAGACAAAUUAAAAAAAAAAAAAAAAACUCAGAAUAAUAAAAUGCAAAGAAGUUGGUACUAAUCUCCCAGGGCUGUAUAUUUUUCCCUCUUUACGCCACCUAGCGCCCACAUCUUCACUUCGCGUAGUUCUCAUGUCCUCACUGUUAUAGUAUGCGUUUUUAACAAUGCGUUUGGCUUUUUACAAGACAAAAAAACAUUUGUGUGUCCACCUGGAAGUCCUUCCACACACCUCAGCUGCUACAACCUCAGUUAUGAACCCGGAAAACUGCAAACAGACAACACAUGCCUGGAGGAGUUUCAUACCUCAUCAGCAGCUUAUACUGUAUCUUUGCAUUUAACCGUUUUUUUGGUGUUGCUGUUUAUUCUGGCGCAAGUUGGACAGGUUUCUUGAUUACUUUUUUUUUUUUUUUUUUAUACCUGGUUGAAACGGGCCUCAGCUUGCCCACAUCUACAGCUUGCAGGCCUGCUGGCGUGCGUGUGAAGCAAGUCAGCUUGGCAGUUGUGUUCACUGACUGUGGUAGUUUAGCAGGUUUUUAUUCUUUUGGUGCACUGAAAAAGUAUUGAGAUUGGAAAUUUCCUGGUCGUUUCUCAAAAUUUGAUUCGUAUCAGAAACUGACGUCUACAUCUGUUCAUUUAUAUACUGGAAACUGUUGAGGAUGGAAUCAUUCUUUCAAAUGGACACCGUAUAUAAAUGUACAAUGUAUAUAUUUUCUAUGGUGCCCAACAAUUUGUAUGAGAUAAAAUGGUCAAUAAAGAUAAUUUUCUGUCA